ACACUUCAACCAUGUCGAGCAAAGCUUCGAGUAAAGAGAAGAAGUCUGGCUUCAGCAAGAAGCUCUUCCGCCGGGGCUCGGUGCGCUCUGUAGGGAGUUUUAUGAGCAGAGUCCUGAAGACUCUUUCCACACUCUCUCAUUUCGGCUCGGAGUUACACGCCGCGGAGGGCGACAAGGACGACGGAGGAUUCACAGCCUUCAAGAACGAAGGCAAAGGAUCCGUCGCCUCGGAUGAAAGCUACUGUGGUGGGUUUCUCCCCAGGGACAAAGUUCCCGGAGUGGCUGGUUUGAAAAACCACGGCAACACAUGUUUCAUGAACGCUAUUCUGCAGUGCUUAAGCAACACGGAACUCUUCGCGGAGUACUUGGCGCUGGAGCAGUAUCGAGGAGACGAGACGGACGAUGAGAAACCCAAGACCAACGGUGUCGUGCAGAGCAAGAGCGGCCAGGACAAGGGAGAAGUUACCGAGCAGCUGUCUGGAUUGGUUCGAGCCCUGUGGACGUUUGAAUAUACGCCACAGCACAGCCGUGAGUUCAAGAAUGCUGUGGCAAAGAGUGCCCUGCAGUACCGGGGAAAUGCCCAGCACGAUGCCCAGGAGUUCCUCCUCUGGCUUCUCGACCGUGUCCAUGAAGACCUCAACCAUAUUGUACACCCUAACAGCAGAUCCUCUGUAAAGCCACCCAUUGAGGAAGAUGAUGGCGCGUUAGAGGGACCUUCACCACCUCUUUCAGCUGGCUCAUUUGUUCAAGAGCUCUUUCAAGCUCAGUACAGAUCCUCACUCACCUGUCCACACUGUCAAAAACAGAGCAAUACAUUUGAUCCUUUUCUGUGCAUCUCCCUUCCAAUUCCUUUACCUCACACACGGCCCCUCUAUGUGACAGUUGUAUAUCAAGGCAAGUACUCUCACUGCAUGAGGAUUGGUGUGGCCGUACCACUCAACAGCACUGUGUCCAGACUGAGAGAGGCUGUGUCUCGCGAGACCAAGAUCCCACCAGAUCAGUUUGUCCUGACUGAAAUGUAUUACGAUGGUUUCCACCGCUCCUUUUGUGACGAUGACGAUGAUCUUGAUAUCAUUCAAGAAAGUGACUCAGUCUUUGCUUUUGAAACUCCUGAGACUUUUAGAUUAGAAAACAUUCGCUCUAAACGAGGGAGCCUCCUUGCAAACCUCAAUCAGAACAAUUUGAAAUAUGGAGCGGAGAACAGCCGAACACCAUCUUUCCUGCAGGGUGCGAUGAACCCAGCAUCUCCCAACAAAAAUGCUGGAUCUGAGAAAAUUAUUCUGCUGAUCUGUAACCGAGCCUGCACUGGACAUCAAGGACGGAGGUUCGGUCUUCCCUUUGUAAUAUAUUUGGAGCGCACUGUGACCUGGGAUGUGCUGCAAAAAGAAAUUCUGGAGAAAAUGCGUCACUUACUAAGGCCAGGGGUUUACAUACAGGUGGGACCUUUUAGUCUGCGUGUGGUCGGUGUGGUUGGAAUCACAUAUCUGUUGCCACAGGAAGAGCAACCACUUUGUCACCCCACUGUGGAAAGAGCAUAUAAAUCAUGUGGUCCAGGAGGACCUCCUCAUGUCAAGAUUGUUGUGGAGUGGGACAAAGAGACCAAGGAAUAUCUGUUUGGACACACUGAGGAAGAGUACAUCCCUGAUGCUGAGAGUGUGUAUCUGCACAGAGAGCAGCACCAUCAGCCACAGGCCUGCACCCUCGCUCAGUGCUUCCAGCUCUACACCAAAGAGGAGCAGUUGGCCCCAGACGAUGCCUGGCGCUGUCCCCACUGCAGGCAGCUGCAACAGGGGCGGAUCAAACUCAGCCUUUGGACCCUGCCUGAUGUUCUUAUAUUACACCUUAAGAGGUUUAGACAGGAAGGGGACAGGAGAGUUAAGAUGCAGAACAUGGUGAGAUUUCCUUUAAUUGGCAUGGAUAUGGCACCCCAUGUAGUGAAGAGAAGCCAGAGCAGUUGGAGUCUACCGUCCCACUGGUCACCAUGGAGACGACCAUAUGGACUUGGCCGUAAUCCAGACGACUACCUUUACGACCUUUAUGCUGUGUGUAAUCAUCAUGGCAACAUGCAUGGAGGGCAUUACACAGCUUACUGUAAGAACUCCAUUGAUGGCCAGUGGUAUUGCUUUGAUGACAGUGAAGUUCAGCCUGUAGCUGAUGAGGAUGUCUGCCAGCAGACUGCAUACAUUCUGUUCUAUCAAAGGAGGACAACUAUUCCCUCCUGGUCAGCAAACAGCUCAGUUGCAGGCUCAACCAGCUCUUCUUUAUGUGAACACUGGGUUAACCGGCUCCCGGGCAGCAGGCCGCCUAGCCUGGCCUCUGGAGCCUCCUCCAGACGCACAUCCCUGAUCUCUUUGGCAGAGUCAGUGGAGUUUCCUGCUGAUCGCAGUGAAGAUGAUGGAGGAUUCUCAGCGCGACCCUUCGUUAGGAGUAUUCAACGUCAGAGCUUGUCCUCCAGAUCGUCAGUCACCAGUCCUCUGGCUUUCAGUGAAAAUGGGAUGAAACCAUCCUGGUCCUUGUCGGCUAAACUGCAGAUGACAUCCAACUCACCCUCACGAUUAUCUUUGGACUCUCGCUCUUCCCCUCCUCUUGAGAGGAUAGGAGAAGCUUGUGACGACAAGGUGUCCACAUCUUGCUUUGGCAGCUACAGCAGACAUGAGCGUCAACCCAGUAGUAAGGCCCCACUGGCAAUGAUGGAAGGGAACUGUAGCGAUGAGAUCAAUGGGAAACGGAUCCUAGAUGAGGCCUAUUGUAGAGCUCCUGUACAGGCUGACAGGAAAGGCUCUAAAGGUGAAAUCGUUGACAACAACAACCAGAUUAAUGCUGUGGAUCAGAACAUGCUUGGAAUGCUCUCCAAAGAUCAGAAGCAUAAGAUCUCCGCAUCGGUUCAGAAAGCAGAAGGGUACACUAACAAAAAGAGCUCCGCCAAGACCAAGGGCGACCAGGAGAAACCUUCUAAGAAGCGCCAGAGCACCUCAUCUGUAACUAAGUCUCCAUCCUCCCAAGUGUCUUCCAGCCCUCAAGCGAAGGGCACCAAAAUGACCAAUAUAAAAGAGAAGAGUGAUUCUCCCAAAGGUACCAAGGGUACACCUUCAGGAACUCCCUCAAGAAAGAAAGCGUCUUCGCAGGUGUCUCCAGUUUCUGUAGGCACAAAGGGGAAGCCGUCUCUGAUGCCUACGCCUCAAUCCUCUGCUUCUCCAUCACCUACAGCAAAGAAAAGCUCUGUGGCUGAGAGGAACUCUGUCUCUUGCAAGAAGUUGUUAGUGGAGAGGGGCUCCAGCCAAGACUUGGCACACUCCACCAGUCCCCUGGUAGACAAGUCCAGAGCUAGUGCCACCCCUCGGAUAUCCCAGCCCAAAAGUGCCGAGGGAAGUCGGCCAGAGAGGAGGCCAAUACGAAGCUCCAGCAGUAGUUCCUCAGUCACUAGCUUGCGCUCCCCAAGUGUCUCCUCAAGAGAUGUCCGCCGCAGCAGCAAGUCUGAGGACAAGGGACUGUCAUUUUUCAAGAGCGCGCUUCGGCAGAAAGAGACUCGCUGGUCGGCCGACCUAGGCAAGACCACGAUUCUUGCUAAGAAGGUUGCUGAAAGGACAGCCAAGUCCAGCAGCCAGUAUAAACUCAACAGUGCUGACGAGGUCAUGGGCAACUCAUCCCAGGAGGUCUCUCCAGAGCCAUGCUCCAGGAAGGCCACCACGGAGGAGAAAGAGUCCUUGAAAAUCUCAUCCCCUGUCAAACGCUCUCUCUUGCCAGUAGGCAAGUCAAAGUCUUCCAUUUCCGAGACUAGUCUUAAGUCUCCCAUCAAUGGAAAGAAGCCACUUGAAAUGAUGGCAUCCUCUAGAAAGCUUUCUUCCAGCAUGCAAUCCUCUGCACGGCCAACAUAUAUGCCUCAAUGACAUUUUAAUAGUGGUGUCAUUAUUUUCUGUAAUGCAGCUAUUUUUUGAUGUGCCUAAGAAGAAUAUAAGUCUAAAGUAUAUAGUAUAUACCUGUAUUUUAUUUUUUUCUUAAAGAAAAUAUGUAAAUUAUCAGAAGCGCCUUUCUAUCCUGCCAUGGAACCAAAACGUUGUCUCCGGCAAGGUAUGGUAUGUGAAUCUACUACUGUUCACGAUUCAGAAUAGGAAUGUUUUAAACUAGCACUUUGUACAUAUUCUUUCUCCCUCUAAUUAUGCUUAAAUGCAACGGAUGAUAUGUUAUAUACUUUUUAACUUGUUACUGUUCCUUUCUUAGGACAAGUCACUUAUGAUGAAAUUAGAAUCUUACAAUAUAUUCUUUGGAGCACUGUACCAAUUUGCUCCACUUCUAUACUUGGUGCUAUUUAAAGUCCAGUGUUCCUCUGGCACUGAUAUAGUAUAUGAUUUAGAAGAGUUAAGUCCAAAGUAUACUUCAGUUUUCUGCGUGCCGGUACGUCCUGCACACAGUGUGCAUGAAGCAAAUUUUAUCAUCGGCACUGUCCACGUGCAGCCUAGUUUUUCUAGACGCAGACAGACCGAUUCUUUGCACGUUGCCGUCACAUCAGUCGAACGCAUCUGUAUGGGCUCGUGGUAAAAACAGCACUCUACCAUGCUCGAGAUGGAACGGCACACGGUAAAAAAAGUAUACCCUUGACUUUUACGUUAUGAAAACUUAAAAUUUGAAACUGUAGACUGUGGGGGGUAACCGCAGUGAACAAUCUCAUUGGUACUGCUCAAAAACUGCUCUCCAAACCCAACUAUUUCCUUUUGUACUCGAAAGUAGUUACAAGUGUUCAAGUAGCAUUCCUGCCCAUAGAAAUGUGUGCAACAAUGCCAACUAUAGACCGAUAGCUUAAUUGUUGCUGUAUGAAUGUGAUCUUUCAAAUGGUAAGUUAGUGGAGGACAAUCUUCUAAUCUCGUUCCGUUUAUUCCAGCAAAAUGCUGUGGUAUCUCUUGAUCUAGAUAUUAAUGGAGAUGGUGUAAGCCCUGCAUGAUGUGUUGUAUAUUAUUUUGUCUUCACAAAGAAAUUUUUAAAGCCACAAUGUCAUACUUGAACCAUUUCAUGCCCGCCAAAUCCAUAGCUGAUAUGCAUUUUUUUUUUUUUUUGGCUUGUUUUGAAUUGGGGUUGAAUACUUUGGUGAUGGUUUCUAUCUCUAUAUUUAUCUGCAACCAGUGCAAUAGUUUUCAAAACUUUAUUGGAGUAAAGAUAUAUUGACUUCUCUAUAAUUUUAUUUUAUUUUUUAAUGAUUAAUACUGCACAUAUGCAAUAGUAAUAAAAACAUUUAUUCAAGCUAAAUAAUAAACAAAUGGGGGAUCUAUUUUUAAUAUAAUUUUUUUUUUUUGUGCCAAGAUUAUGUCAUUAGCAGCUGGAUGUAAUACUCGAAUGAAAUUGUUUUGCUAAAAGGUCUUUAUGUUGCUUGUUUGUAUAGCGCCAUAGAAAUCACUAAAAUAUAUAUUUUUCUCAAGUAAGCGAAGAUAAUUUCAUUCUAACAAUCAUUCAGACUAAUUAAAAAUUUGAUUUAUGACAGUAGAAAUGUAAGGAUAAAUAGGUCAUUAGAAUAUUGUUACAUCUGCUUAAUGGUUUCAUUACAAUGGCCACUGUUCCAUCUUGUUGGCCAGUUAUUAAAACAUUAAUCCAAGCUGUGCUGAUGCCACUAUUGAACCAUUCUCAUUUUCAUGCUGCUGAAACGCACCCUUAUCUGUCCACUCACUUGAUCCUAAGACAAAUAGCAAUUAACCUUUUUCAUGUGUAGCAUGCUUUUAUUUGCGACAGGCCCAUAUUGUGUGUGUGCACUGAAAAUGUAUUUCUGGAAAAAAAAAAAACAGUAUUGCAUGAUUACAUUAAUGCAUGCACUUAACUAUGCAAGUGACUGUUGCUAAAGAAAUUGAGUCUGGUUAUCAAUGUCUGCAUAUUUCUUUUAAAUAACAGCUGAGAGCUUGGAUCAUUUCCUUUUUUAUUUCUUUUUUGCACACUUGUGAAAUUUUAAUUUUUUUCUUAAAUAUUGUAAUGUCAGAGUACAAAUUAUUAGCUCAACAGCUUUAAACUUGAUUCAAGUGUUCCAAAAUGUGUAAUUGGAAUUUGAAUUUUCAUGCAAUUUUAAAUUUUUUAUUUUUAUUAUAUUAUGAUUUUUUUUUUUUUAUUAUAUUAUGAUUUUUUUACAUCGUAAUCUGUCUAUGGCUUCCCUGUAUCCAUGUGAUGAAUUUUGUUUUUUAUUUUUAUAGUUCCAAUAUAUUUUGGUUUUUCACAUUUUGCUUUCAAAUUUCACAUGAUGUGGCCUGGUCAGGCUUUUGCAUUUAAUAUGUAGGGAGAUUUAAAUCUCUCCAACAACAUCAGCAUUAAUUCAGUGCACACAGUUCCCUGCAUUGCCUGCAAUGCUGACACACUAAGCAUUAUGUUCACUACGUCUUUCAUGUCAUGCCAUGUCUUAAGUUUAGAAGUUGUUUUGGACCAUUACACAUACACUGAUCAGCCACAAUAUUAAAACCACUUGCCUAAUACCCCUCGUGCCACCAAAACAGUGCCAACCUUAUCUCAGAAUAGCAUUCUGAGAUGCUAUUGUUUUCACCACAAUUGUACAGAGUGGUUAUCUGAGUCAGAUAAGAGAUCAGCAGUUACAGAAAUACUCAAACAAGCCCAUCUGACACCAACAAUCAUCCACUCAUGUGGAACAGUGCAGUGCAUAGAAUAAUGCAGAUACGGGUAAGGAACUUCAGUUAAUGUUCAUAUCAACCAUCAGAAUGAGGAAAAAAUGUGACCUCAGAGAUUUGGAGCAUGGCAUGAUUGUUGGUGCUAGAUGGACUGGUAUGAGUGUUUCUGUAACUGCUGAUCUCCUGGGAUUUUCACACACAACAGUCUCUAGAAUUUACUCAGAAUGGUGCCAAAAACAAAAAAUAUCCAGUGAGCGGGAGUUCUGUGGACAGAAAUUACUUGCUGAUAAGAGAGGUCAACAGAGAAUGGCCAGACUGGUUCGAACUGACAAAGUCUACAGUAACUCAGAAAACCACUCUUUGCAAUUGUGGUGAAAAGAACAACACCUCAGAAUGCUAUUCUGAGAUGCGGGUUGGUGCCGUUUUGGUGGCAUGAGGGGGGACCUACACAAUAUUUGGCAGGUGGUUUUAAUAUUGUGGCUAAUUGGUGUAUGAGCCAUAUGGUAGAUUUGUACUGAGAACUCUGAGAAGUGCUAUUACCCUCUCUACUUAAAUCUUAUGGGAUGUUUUAAAUGGCUCAAGUUCUAAUAUGACAAGGUCUUAUCGAGCGUUUGUAUAGGACAAAUUGUUUUAUCAUUAUAAUAAAACUGUAUCAGUCUUAUGGAAUAUGCAUGCUCUUGGUUUACACACUGGACUUGAAUGAUUGAUUUAUUUCGGCCCAUAGCAAUUUACAUGUAAUGUUCACAAUCUGGUACCCACUUGGCGGGCUGAUAUCUGGGUUGUUAUUUAGAAUCAACAGCCUAGGUUGACCAAAAAAGGAAAAUAAUAUUUGGUAAAAAAACAAACAAACAUGUAAAUGUUCGUUUGCAGGUGACUGUGUCAAAUGCUUUGUUAAUUUAUUUGUAUGUUUUGUUAUGUGUAUGCACUUUUUCAUGUUUUUUUUUUUUUUUUAAUUAUUAUUUAAAGUAUUUCUUUGAAGAAUCAUUUGUAUUCAUAACAUUGUCUCCCCAAUGUAAGUUGGAGGUUGAAUAACAAUUAAAAGAUGGACCUGCAUUAGAGGUUUAA